AUGUCCAAAGGCCACAUCAUCCCUCUGGUCCAUCUAGCCCACCUCCUCCGCCGCCGCCGCCUCGCCACCCUCACCUUCUUCACCACCCCUCUCAACGCUCCCUUCAUCCGCGACUCCCUCACCGGGAUCGAUGCAUCCAUCAUCGAGCUCCCCUUCCCGGAGGACGUCCCAGGCCUUCCCCCUGGCGUCGAGAGCACCGACCACCUCCCCUCGAUGUCGCUCUUCCUCACCUUCUACAACGCCACCAAGCAACUCCGCCCACACUUCGAGCAAGCUCUCGCGAGCCUACCGACCGCCGUCAGCUUCCUGAUCUCCGAUGGCUUCCUUGGCUGGUCCACCGAAUCGGCCGCCCAGCUGGGGAUCCCGAGGGUGGCAUCCUAUGGGAUGGGCUGCCAUGCCACGGCCAUCACAUACUACAUAAGUCGAGAAAUGCCAUAUCGUGGUCUCGACUCCGAUGACCAGCCUUUCACGGUCUCCGGCUUUCCAAAUCUCUGGCUCACCUCGGAUGACCUAAGCCGGAUCUCGGACGACCCACAUCCUGAGGAUGAGCUAUAUAAGUUUCGCCAAGAAAUCCAACCCGCACCGGAUACCCGUGGACUCAUAGCCAAUAGCUUCUACGAACUGGAGCCGGGCUACGUUGAUCACUGGAACGGCCACAUUGGACCCAAAGCUUGGUGCGUCGGCCUGCUCUGCUUGGCCCAGCAAAAGACCCGCUCCAACAACCGGAGCGAGUUGCUCCAGUGGCUGGACUCCAGGUUGGCCUUGAAGCGGCCUGUCGUGUACGUAGCGUUUGGGACUCAAGCGGUGAUCUCCGCGUUACAGUUGAAGGAGAUCGCUAUUGGAUUAGAGCGGUCCGGGGUGGACUUCGUCUGGGUGGUGAGGGACAAGGGAGUGGACUUAGGGGAAGGGUUCGAGGAGAGGGUCGCAGAGAGAGGGAAGGUGGUGAGGGAUUGGGUGGACCAGUUGGAGAUUCUGCAUCAUGAGAGCAUUAGAGUGUUUGUGAGCCAUUGUGGCUGGAACUCGGUGACGGAGGGGAUUAGCGCCGGUGUGCCGAUUUUGGCUUGGCCGAUGAUCGCUGAGCAAGGGCUCAAUGCGAGGUUUCUGGUGCAGGAUCUCGGCAUCGGGCUGAGGGUGCGAGCCAGCGAUGGCACGCCCCAGGGGUUGGUGAAGGGGGAAGAUUUAGCGAAGUUAGUGAGCGAAUUGGUGGACGGCGAGAAGGGGACGGAGGCAGCGAAGAAGGUGAAGGAUUUGGCCCGUGCAGCAAGGAUGGCGAUGGAGGAGGGCGGUUCGUCAUGGUGCACAUUAGAGCAGAUGAUUGCAGAGGUGAGUGAGAAGAGAACCGCUGAAUUGGCAGUUGGUCUAGCUUAA